GGAGCUAAUUCAGUGCAUGGUAGGCUUCAAAUGACCUUGUUACCUGGCUUAAAUUGUACUAAUUACUGCUUCAUGAGCCUUUAGAAGAACCUCGCCUUGGUCGGCGCUACAUUCACAUCAAUCAGAAUCGUCCUGGCAAGAUUCGAGCAGUAGCUAUUAUAACGAGAUCAUAGUAUGAUUCCUUCGUUUUGAAUACGAGAAUAGGAGUAAUUAGUUGUGGAUAGUGGAGACGAGGAUUUUCGUUCUCUGCAUUUUAUCUAAUUCAACUUUUUCUUUGGACUUUGAACUUUGUUUCGAGUUGAUUUUUUGUUCGGAAGCAUCGGCAUUGGUGUUCACUGGAUUUGCGGUUGUUUGAUAAGUAAUGUGGAAACUCAAUAUCGCUGAAGGAGGGAGUUCAUGGCUUCGGACGGUAAAUAAUCACGUUGGGAGGCAAUUUUGGGAGUUCGAUUCCAAUCUUGGAACGGCGGAAGAUCUUAUGGAGGUGGAGAAGGCUCGUGAGCAUUUCAGGGAGCAUCGGUUCGAGAAGAAACACAGUUCAGAUCUGCUUAUGCGACUUCAGUUUGCGAAGGAGAACCCCUGCAGGAUAGACUUACCCCAGGUCAAAAUAAAAGAUACAGCAGAUGUUACAGAGGAGGCAGUAACAACCACCUUGAGAAGGGCUAUCAAUUACUAUUCAACUAUCCAGGCACAUGAUGGGCAUUGGUCAGGGGAUUAUGGUGGUCCUAUGUUUCUAGUUCCUGGCUUGGUUAUUACAUUAUCUAUCACAGGAGCACUAAAUGCUGUCGCAUCAAAAGAACAUCAGCGGGAGAUUCGCCGAUAUCUUUACAAUCAUCAGAAUGAAGAUGGGGGUUGGGGCUUACAUAUUGAGGGCCCAAGCACCAUGUUUGGUACGGUUUUGAACUAUGUUACGUUGAGGUUGCUUGGUGAAGGAGCUGAUGAUGGACAAGGGGCAAUGGAGAAAGGACGUAAAUGGAUUCUGGACCAUGGUGGUGCAACUUCAAUAACAUCCUGGGGGAAAAUGUGGCUUUCAGUACUUGGAGUAUUUGAAUGGUCCGGCAACAAUCCGCUGCCUCCAGAGAUAUGGCUAUUACCUUAUCUUAUUCCUUUCCAUCCAGGAAGGAUGUGGUGCCACUGCAGAAUGGUUUAUUUACCUAUGUCAUACUUAUAUGGGAAGAGAUUUGUUGGUCCGAUCACACCAACAGUUUUAUCUUUGAGAAAAGAGCUUUAUCCAGUGCCCUAUGACGAAAUAGAUUGGAAUAAAGCACGCAAUCUUUGUGCAAAGGAAGAUCUAUACUACCCACAUCCACUUGUACAGGAUAUCCUUUGGGCAGCUCUUCAUAAGGUUGUUGAGCCAAUACUAAUGUGUUGUCCAGGAAAAAGGUUGAGAGAGAAAGCUUUGCUUACUGCAAUUCAGCACAUACAUUAUGAAGAUGAGAAUACUCGAUACAUAUGCAUAGGUCCAGUAAACAAGGUUUUAAAUAUGCUUUGCUGCUGGGUGGAAGAUCCAAACUCAGAGGCAUUCAAGUUGCAUCUCCCAAGAAUCUUUGAUUAUUUGUGGCUUGCUGAAGAUGGCAUGAAAAUGCAGGGAUAUAAUGGAAGUCAGUUAUGGGACACUGCUUUUGCUGUUCAAGCAAUUAUUGCAACUGACCUGGUUAAAGAAUAUGGUUCAACUCUUAGAAAAGCACACGAGUACAUAAAAAACACACAGGUUUUAGAAGACUGCCCAGGAAAUCUAAAUUUCUGGUAUCGGCAUAUUUCUAAAGGUGCAUGGCCUUUUUCAACUGCAGAUCAUGGUUGGCCUAUCUCAGACUGCACAGCCGAAGGAUUGAAGGCUUCUCUGCUAUUAUCAAAGAUUCCAUCAGAAAUUGUUGGCAAGCCGUUAGAGGCAAAGCUCUUAUAUGAUGCUGCAGAUGUGAUUAUUUCCCUGCAGAACAAGGAUGGUGGUUUUGCAACAUAUGAAUUGACAAGAUCAUACCGGUGGUUGGAGCUAAUCAACCCUGCUGAAACUUUCGGGGACAUUGUUAUAGAUUAUCCUUAUGUGGAAUGUACCUCAGCAGCAAUUCAAGCACUGGCAUCAUUUAAGAACUUAUAUCCAGGAUAUCGGAGAGAAGACAUUGAAACUUGUAUUGCAAAAGCUGUGGGGUUCAUUGAAAAAAUACAAAGACCAGAUGGUUCAUGGUAUGGCUCUUGGGCUGUUUGCUUCACCUAUGGGACAUGGUUCGGGAUAAAGGGGUUGAUAGCUGCUGGAAAAACCUUUGAGAAUUGCUCUAGCAUUCGGAAGGCUUGUGAUUUCCUGUUGUCCAAACAGCUUCCAUCGGGUGGUUGGGGGGAGAGUUAUCUUUCAUGUGUAAAGAAGGUGUAUUCAAAUCUUGAGGGAAACAGGUCGCACAUUGUAAAUACUGGAUGGGUUAUGUUGGCUCUCAUUGACGCUGGACAGGCUGAGAGAGACCCCACACCAUUACACUGUGCAGCAGGAUUAUUAAUAAAUUCACAGCUGGAAAAUGGUGAUUUUCCCCAGCAGGAGAUCAUGGGUGUUUUCAACAAUAACUGCAUGAUCAGCUACUCCGCGUACCGAAAUAUUUUCCCGAUUUGGGCCCUUGGGGAAUAUCGUUGUCGGGUACUGCAGUCCUCAUGAAAAAUGUCCGAUAUUAUUCUUCAAUGCCCUUAGAAUGUUUGCAUUUAUCAGUGCAGUCUAUGAAAACUUCUAGACCAUUUUCUUUAGAACAAGAACUUGUGUGUACAACCUGUAGAUGGUCAAAUAAUUAUUAUGUUUAUUAUGUAAUUGUUAAUUUGGUAA